AUGUGGCUUCACGUCGUUGAUGUAGCCACCAGGCUAACAUAUAUCUUCAGAGCAGACAUUGAGAGCAUCAGUAUACCGACCUACGUAGUCGCUUCAUACUCUAGCUUUUACGAGGCUGGAUGCAACUCAGCUCGAAAGAGAAGUGGCUACGCUGGGGAAUGGUACGAUUUGUGGGUCGUACAAGAAUCCAUCGACGAGCUCGCUUCUUUCUUCGAUCGAUAUCUUAAGAAUGAGAACAAUGAUUGGGAGAAGACGCCACGAGUACGUAUGGCUUCGCUGACUUACGGUGAUAAAGAAGCCAUCUACCCUAUCAUCGAAGAAGACUUUCCCCUUCCACGGACAGAAUACCGUACGCUCUAUCUCGGCGCACAGGACAAUCUACAAUUGUCGGUACCAGAUAGCACUAGCACCGUGUCAUACAACGCCGUUAGCGGGACACAACCGGUGGCGCACGCGAAGUUCAAUCUGCGCUUUGACAAGGCUACUAGGCUAAUGGGUCUGCCUAAAGCGGUGCUGUACAUGUCGUGUAAAGACUUUGACGACAUGGUAGUCUACGUACUGAUUCGUAAACUCGACGCUCAAGGCAACCCGAUGAUAAGCAUCAACAUUCCGUGGUCAGCUGCCCCAUACAAAAUGGCAGCCGACAUCCCCGAGUCUGACUAUAGCAACCUCAUGAUUUACUAUGGCCCGACAGGCGUACUCCGCGCAUCGCAUCGCAAGAUAGACGCUUCGAAGUCCAUCCAUCCUCAAUACCCAUUCCAUCCUCACGACGAGCUGGAAAAAAUCACACCAGGAGAAAUCGUGAAACUCGAAAUCGGACUCUGGGCAAUGGGCAUCGAUUUCGAAGCUGGUGAGUCUUUGAGCGUCCAAGUUUCGGGCGAAUACCCGCUUGUAAUGGAAUUUGGAACGAAGAAAAUGGAGAUUGAGGACAGGAACAGAGGAACGCAUCAAGUGCAUAUUGGAGGUGAAUAUGCAAGCCACAUCAUCCUACCAUUCGUAUAG